AUGAGCUAUAGUGAUACGAUAGGUGAUAAGGAUAUACUCCGGCGAAAGACACCAACGAACCCAAAAUACAGUUAUGUAAAGCCAGUUGUGGAGUCUGGUCUCACGGCAGAGUUGGCGCAGUUUAUUAAGCAAACAACAGCUUCUACACAACGCCUCCCAGGUGAACCUUUUCUACGUGUCCGGCCCAAGUUGUUGGGAGAUUACAUAAACCUUUUAAAGGAGUUAAAAGAGAGGGAACAGUGUGAUGAAAACGGUGGUUUUGUGCACCCAAUGGAUGAGUACCGUCCACCGGAGUUAAAACCCAGUAAAGAGUAUUUAAUACUUGACGUGCGUUCAGAGGAUGAGUAUAAGGAAUGUCAUAUUGAGGGUGCACUACACUAUCCUAAACGAAGAAUGGUACAUGCAACUAAUCCGUUUAUUCCUGAAAUGCUUGCCUUUAAAAAUAAAGAGAAUAAAUUAAUUGUGGUGUAUGAUUUGGAAGAAGAUUUAACAGUGGGACAAAAGGUAGGCACCAUUCUUUUUGAAAAAGGUAUUGAUAACAUCGCAGUACUUUCUGGUGGAUUGAGGGAAUUUGUGCAGGAUUACCCCACCUUGAUUGUGGGUGAAUCUCCUGUUCCUAUUGUACCACGUGAUAAACGUCUGCAGAAACGAGCGGAUGCGAUUUCAGCAUCACGUACCGAAACAAGCCGUAGUUAUUUCACACACAAACCGAAGAGCUUGUCUAAUAGUCUGGCAAAGGCAAGGCAACGCUGA